CAGCUGCUCUUCCUUCAUUCCUCCGCCGGACAGCCCGGGGCACGAGGGGCUGCUGGACACCGAGCACGGGCCACGUUCCUGCCUCACAUGGCGGCUGCGGAGGGGACUCCUGAAAAGGACAAGUCGUCGCGGCUGAGAGCCCACGUGACUGGCCCGUGCUGUCGCUCAGCACCCGGGCAGCGUCGACUCAGCACGUGUCGUCCACCUGGUGGGCUCCGUCUCAGCUCGAUGUUGGGACAGUUUGCCGACAGGGCUCGGGGUGCUCUUCUGGAUGUCCCCCACCCAGAGCGCCUCCUUUGUGGGCCUCUUCCUGCUUCGCUGCCCAGCGAACCGUCAGGACACGUGUUAGCUCAAAGGAGCCUGUUUCCUCAUCCUGGAGCAAAGGUGGGAAAGCCCUGGAUUCUCCUGAGACGCGGUCUGGGGGGAGUGCUGAGUCCCCGAGUGCCAACCCCCUGCUGCCAGGCUGUCCUGGUGGCCUUCAUGGGCUCUGCCCUCUCUGUGUCUGCAGCAGCCCGGCCACUCUCCUUCUGGAAUUCUCGGGCUCCAGCCCGCCUGCUUCUUUGCAUGCCUCCUCGGAUUCCAGCGACCGUCGGAGGAAGAACGGAGGUCGAAGCCCACGAUGCCCGGAGUUGUCCAGGCGGAGGGCGCAGCGAUGGACGCGUAGGCCCUGGGGUCGGGCCGGCUGGCUCCGCUCCCGCGAGCCCUCCCAGCUGUCCCCGGACAGCGCGUCAGCGUGUGCGCGCCCUCGGCUCUUCCUCUGCAGCCGAGGCGCAGCAUGGAAAGCCGUGGGGCUGUCCCGAGCGCUCAGAUCGGUGGGGACGUGAGCCUCUGCUGUGGGGCUUGGCGUGGAGCAAGGGACGAGUAAGGGCCAACACGACUCACUUCUGUUUCUCCUUUUCAUCCUUCCUUUUAACUCUUGCCUAGAUCGACAGGCACUUUCCCUCCGCGCAGGGUGGUGUUUGUGGCAGUGAAGAUGAGGAUGGAGACAUUCUUCUGUUU